AUGGGUUUACAAGACAUACUUUUCCGAAAAGAGGGUGAGGGCUCUCGACCGCGCGAUGACACUGGAAAACAUGAGGGACUACCGCCAGAGAAUCCUCUCGCACCGAAGACCAGGACAAGCAACGAAUCCACAGGCUCUGGAUCCAAACCCGCAAGCUUCACACCUAUGCAGCUUGGCCCAUCCAGCGUUCACUCUUCCGGCUCGUCCGGUAGCAUCAAGUGCAGUAACAGCACUGUAAGCUCAGAUGCCGUUAGAGAUGUCAAGGCCGAGAUCUUGGCGAACUGGCUCCAUACCAAACAAGAAGAGCGAGUAUGGACCUUUGGUGACACUGGCGAAGGCGUGUUCAUGAAGAAGUCCAAGGGUAGCUACUCCUGCGCGCCUUACGCGCUUCAAAGUGAUGGCACAGGUCUUUAUGAGGCAGUCACCGAGUUGAAUGUUAGAUGCGCCAUGACUGUCAACACCAGGGUCAUCAAGUAUAUCCUCGAGCGAACCCAGACCCAGUAUGUCCAAAUACAAACUGGCCUCCGCUUGCAGGUCGUUCCUGACUUCGAAGCCCUCCCAUAUUGCCAAAGGGGUCAGUCCGCUGCCUUCGUCGCCUCGCGAGGCAUGUUGAUAGUGUGGCAAGACGACCCCAAGUUGACGCUUGAACGCGCAGAAUUCAUCAUCAACUGCUUGAUGAGGAUGAUGUGUGGAGCUGAAUAUGGCUAUGAUGCGCAGGACUUGGAGUUGGAGAAGGCACUAGGCAAAGCCCCUAUGGUCGUGAUCGAGGAAUAUGAUAACGCGUCUCUGUCCAGUGACGGCAAAGACGAUGAACCCAGAGACAUGAAGAUGUGGCAGGCUGCCUAUUGUGGAAUGUCGAUUCUUCUACUAACGACUGCCAUUGGCUCCGGAUACAGGCAGAUCGCUAUCGAGGAAUUUCAAGCCCCCAAACACUGGCUUCGACUACUUUUCGUGAUCUGCCUACCUGCCCAGGUUUGGCUCUCAUUGUUCUUCUUCCAAGCUCUGGUUGGUAACAUUGCCCAAAUUUGCGGGCCCACUAGUCAGAUGAAAGCGAACAGCAGAUACUAUUCCGGCAGAGCACCUAGGAAACUCAACCGUGAUACCUUCGGCAAGCCGCUCCCACACGUGACAGUUCAAAUGCCCGUCUACAAGGAGGGCUUGCAUACUGUCAUCGCGCCCACGGUUCGAUCGCUGAAGCAAGCAAUCUCUACGUACGAGUUGCAGGGAGGAAGUGCUAACAUCUUCGUCAACGAUGACGGAAUGCAACUUCUCGGAGCCGAGGAGGCCCAAGAACGACAAGAAUUCUACGACGAGCACGGCAUUGGCUGGGUCGCGCGCCCAAGGCACAACGCCAAGGGCGAGCACGGAUCCAAGCCCUUCAUCCGCCCCGGAAAGUUCAAGAAGGCUUCCAACAUGAACUACGCACUCCGGAUCAGCUGCAGGGUCGAAGAACUCUUGGAGCAACAGCCACGUGCAGAGGACUGGAGUCAGCUGGAAGAGAACGCUCUUUAUAAGGGUGUCAUGGAAGCAGUUAUGGCUGAGCAUGAGGGCGAAGCUUGGGCUGACGGCAACAUCCGUAUCGGCGACUACAUCCUUUUGGUCGACUCCGACACCCGUGUGCCCAACGACUGCCUGCACGAGGCCGUCAGCGAGAUGGAGCAGAGCCAGGAAGUCGCUAUCCUACAGUACUCCUCCGGAGUCAUGAACGUCACCAACAACUUUUUCGAGAAGGGCAUCACCUUCUUCACCAACAUGAUCUACACCAUGAUCAGGUUUGCCGUCGCCGGCGGAGACGUUGCACCAUUCGUUGGACACAACGCUAUUCUGAGAUGGGAGGCGGUACAGAAAAUCGCCUAUGAAAUCACGGAAGCCAACGGUAAAACGUAUGAUAAGUUUUGGUCCGAGGAGACGGUGUCAGAGGAUUUUGACAUGAGUCUGCGACUCCAAAGUGUGGGCUACAUCAUUCGUUUGGCCGCAUACAAGGGUGAUGGCUUCAAAGAGGGUGUCUCUCUCACUGUAUAUGACGAGCUUGCUCGAUGGGAGAAAUACGCAUACGGCUGCAACGAGCUCAUUUUCAAUCCUUUGGUCUACUGGUUCAUCAAAGGUCCUUUUACGAAGCUCUUCCGCACUUUCAUCUUCUCCAACAUGCCCCUUGCAUCCAAGAUUACCAUCAUGGCUUACAUCGGCACUUACUACGCUCUCAGUUGCUCAUGGGCACUUACCAUGCUCAACUACUUCUUGAUCGGUUUCUUCAAUGGAUGGCUAGAUCAUUACUACAUCAACUCCUUCCGCGUAUACUUCGCCAUCGUAAUCGUCUUCAGUGUCCUCGGAAACAUCGCCCUCGCUGUCCUCCGCCACCGCAUCGAGGAACAAAAUAUUUUCCGUGGGCUCUGGACAAAUAUGAAGUGGAUCCCUCUCCUCACCAUAUUCCUUGGCGGCAUCUCCCUACACGUUUCGCAGGCCCUCCUCGCGCACUUCUUCAGCUGGCCGCUCGAAUGGGGUUCCACGUCCAAGGAGAGUGAACACGUUAGUUUCUUUGUUGCCAUCAGCAGGGUGCUGAGAAAGUUCAAGUGGAGCUUCAUGUUCUGCACUGGUAUGACUGCUAUCAUGGUUACCAUGGCUUUUGCAUUGCAGGAGGACUGGAGGAUCACGGAGCUUAUUGCUGUUUGGCCCAUGGGUACGGUGAUUGUUUUCCACUUCUUGUUGCCUAUUGUGCUUAAUCCGCAGUUGAUGACUUUUACAUGGUAA